GGUUGACCAAUAACAAUAGAAUUUGUGAUAGAUAUGUACAUAGUUGACUAGAUGCGUUGUCAUCAUAAAUUAAUGGGCUCGAAAUGUAAUCAGUCGUAUAUGUUGCUGCCCGUGUAAAAUCUAUUAAUCAUGCCUUUUGAAAUCUGUUUACUACAAGCAAUCUCUUUUUUGGAUCUUUUAGCGGUGGGCCUUAUAAUUCCACUUGUACCUGGCCAUGUGAGGAAAAUGGGAGCAAACCACAUUUAUGUGGGUUUACUUGGUUCCAUAUAUGCUGGUUUCCAAUUGGGCUCGGGACCACUUAUAGGAAGUUUGAGUGAUCUGAAAGGUAGAAGAACAAUACUAAUUUUAACAUUACUGAUAUGUAGUGUUGCUUACACAGUACUAGGUCUGACUUCUUCAAUACUAGUCAUAUUACUUCUAAGAGGUGUUUUGGGUUUCUUCAAACAAACCCAAAUGUUGGCCAAGGCUUUAGUGCCUGAUUAUGAAAACAAUGAGCAAAAACAGGCUGAAAUUUAUGGUAAAAUGGCUGCAAUAUCUGGAGUAGGUAUUACAUUGGGGCCUAUGAUUGGUGGUCAUAUUAUGGAAGACAAUCCAAAUGGUGCAUUUAUGUUUAUUGCUUUUAUAGUCGGAAUAUGUUUUAUUUUUAAUGCUGCUCUUGUUUGUUUCCUGCCAAAGCCAAAGCACAGUAAGAAGCCAUCAAAAAGAAACAAAACAAAAGAUGUUCUCUCUGAGAAUUUAGUGUUAUCACUUUUUAACAGUUUCAAACAAUCAUUUGUUGUAUUGUACAGCAUAAAUUGGUCUAAAUAUUGGGACAUUUUUUUAUAUAAAGCUUUAGUUGGGUUUGCAAUGGGGGUCUACUAUUCUAAUUAUGCUUUAUAUUUGAAAACUACAUAUGACUUGUCUCCCAAAUAUGUAGGUUAUGUUAUAUCAUUCCAAGGUGUUAUGGGUUCUAUUUCUAGUUAUUUUAUAGGAUACAUAAAUAGUUUCUAUAAAAAGGAUGUAGACUACAGCUUAAGGAGUUUACAUGUGUUUUUGUUAUUAAGUAUUUCAUUGACAGGGUUAAUAGUAUCAAUAAAUGUGUACAAUUAUGUAAUAUGGUUGAUUCCUUUAGCUAUGGGUAAUGCAGUUAGUAGGUUGGUAACAUUAGAAAUGGUGCUAAAAAGGAGUGAUGGUGAUCAUAGAGGCACAUUAAUAGGCGCUUCCAACAGUGUCAGAUCUUUAUCUGGAGUGGUCGCACCUAUGGUUGCUGGGUUUACAGGGCAAUUUUUAGGAGUUUCAUAUGUGAUAUAUGCUUCAUUGGCACCCACAGUACUGGGUCUUGUGAUGAGUUACCAUUAUAGAACUAAAAGGAAAGUUGACUAAUUGUAUGAUUAUAUUUUACAAUUUUAUUGUUAAUAAUUUCAUGACUUACAUAAAUGUUUUGUUGAAGUAA